CGUUCAAACUGUUCAAAGUUUUCAGCUAGAAACUACAUAAAAUCAACAUGACCGGACGCGGUAAAGGAGGAAAAGGUCUUGGAAAAGGAGGAGCCAAACGUCAUCGUAAGGUACUCCGUGAUAACAUCCAGGGAAUCACCAAGCCUGCCAUUCGUCGGUUAGCUCGCCGUGGUGGAGUGAAACGUAUCUCCGGUUUGAUCUACGAAGAGACCCGCGGUGUGUUGAAAGUAUUCUUGGAGAACGUAAUCCGUGAUGCAGUCACCUACACCGAGCACGCCAAGAGGAAAACCGUUACCGCCAUGGACGUCGUCUAUGCCCUGAAACGUCAAGGACGCACCUUGUACGGUUUCGGAGGUUAAUGUACAUGCGUGCAUACCCACAUACAUACAUCUUUUAAAAAGGCCCUUUUCAGGGCCGCCAAUUAAUUGUGCUGUGUGUGGUAUAGUAGGUAUGUUGUAUUUUAUAAUUAAUUGUUUAUUAUUACUAAUAAAUAUGAAUAUCAUCAUCAUUGUUUGCGUAAACCAUCGGAUUGGACCUUUUUUUU